AUGCCUCGACUCGUCCGCCGCCGCCCGCUGGGGGAGCGCAUUAGAUCCUACUUGAAUCCGUGGGAUUUUCUACUUUGGUUGUCAGAAGAGAUCGAAGGCAAUGACUGGGAUCAACUUGAGAAAGACUGGGGCCUGGUGAUUGGUAUUGCUCUCAACCUCAUAUUUCUUGUGGCGCGGGCGAAUAGUCGCUCCAGCGGCAGCCAGGCUAUCGACGAUGUGUUCGGAGAGGAGGAAGGUAUCCCAUGGUUAAGCUGGCUGGCACUUCUCAUAGUUCAUACUCUUGCCUUUGCCUCUGUCGGCAACGCUCUCUACACUUUCUUUCGGAAGCGCCGCUAUCGUCUGUUCGAGAAUCCCAUCGAAAAAACACCUGCCACGCCCUCUGCUCAUCGUGUGAGAGUGGACUCCUCUCCUAUGACAUCGUCUCCCUUCAGGUACCUCGCCAAUGCGCUUUCCUCGGAGUCCGCCCAGUCGCGCGCACACCCUGAUGCGCAUCGAGACGUGUGGGAAAUCGCGAUUUGGGAUCCGCUUCCGAUUUGCGUUCGACUUUUCUGCUUGCUUAGCCCGGGCCAUGUGCUCGUUUAUUGGCUCUUUCUACCCACUCAACUCUCCGACCCUCGGCCAAGCGUUACAAUCGCCACUACCGUCAUUCUGGAGGUGUUGCUGUCAGUGCAAAUGUCUUUUAUUUCUUCAUCAUACUCGCAGCAAGCGAAAGAUUCAGUUUUGGUGCAAAAAGAGGUGAUGAAGGAAUAUGACACCAAAUACGUACAUCCUCGUACUCAGCCACUGAUGAGAGAUGUCGGCACCCAAUUCUCAGAGGGAGACCCCACAAAAGAAAAAGAUGCACAAAACAGAGUGGAGGUCUAUACACCGACCUUUAUCAUCAACCGGGGCUUUAAGACAAGCCCCAACCCGAACUACUUGAGUCACGUUGAUCCUGAUGGGUUCACUCCACGCCGACCAACAAGCUCCGCUCAUCCCAUUUCAACACCACAACCACAACCUUCAUUACACACACCGUCGCAAGAUGUUUCUCCCCUGGUACGAACUGCAGGUACGUCCAUGCGACAGCCACAGUUUAGGCCGACCACAACAGGCACUGGUGACGGUGGAAGCUUGGGCGUCUACACCCACGCCAACUCGCCUUUGCGAAAAUCGGCAUCCACUGGAUUCGACCGCAGAGUGCAAAGCAAUGGCGACUUCUUCUACAAAGAACGGGCCACCAGCCCUUUGAAGAGGCCAUCUAGUCCGCUGAAACGCAGCAGCCUGGCUACCCCGAUGAGCCCUUCGCAGGGACCUCAUAGACCGGUCAAUUUGGGAUCGCGUCGUGAAACGGGCCGGUAUUGA